GGGGCGGGGGGCGUCGUCCGUGGCAGCUCCGGCGCGGGGAGCUCGGUGGCCGCGUGGGGGCUUCUGCGUGCGGAGCUGCGCGGGGCUGUGGCCUCCGGGUCGGAGGGGCCCGUGGCCAUGGAGCACCUUUCCCUGGAGGUGGCGGCUGCGCCGCUGCGGCUCAUCGCCGCCAAGAACGAGAAGAGCCGCAGCGAGCUGGGCAGGUUUUUGGCCAAGCAGGUGUGGACACCUCAGGAUCGCCAGAGCAUCCUCAGUGUCUUGGCGCAGUUACUUCUGGAUAAGGACUGCACUGUGCUGGUGGCCCGCCAGCUGCGCCCCCUCCUUUUGGAUUUGCUGGAACGGAAUGCGGAAGCCAUCAAAGCUGGUGGCCAGGUCAAUCACGACCUACACGAACGGCUGUGUGUGUCCAUGAGCAAACUCCUUGGCAGCCAUCCUGAUGUCCUCCCGUUUGCCCUGAGAUACUUCAAGGACUCCUCCCCAGUUUUCCAGAGACUCUUCCUGGAGAGCUCCGACGCGAAUCCCGUCCGCUAUGGGCGCAGGCGGAUGAAGCUGCGCGACCUGAUGGAAGCGGCCUACAGGUUCCUGCAGGAGGAGCAGGCGGUGUUCCGCGAGCUCUGGGACUGGAGCGUGUGUGUGCCGCUGCUUCGCAGCCACGACACUCUGGUCCGCUGGUACACAGCCAAUUGUCUGGCUUUGGUCACGUCUAUGAACGAGGAGCACAAAUUAUCAUUCCUGAAGAAGAUAUUUAGUAAUGAGGAACUGAUCCACUUCAGAUUGAGAUUGCUGGAAGAGGCCCAGCUUCAGGACUUGGAAAAGGCCUUGGUCCUGGCCAAUCCAGAGACCUCCCUUUGGCACAAGGAGAAGGAGCUGAAGUACGCGCAGGGACACAUCGUUUCUGCGGACCUGUCCUCCAGAGUGACAGCCGUCUGUGGUGUGCUGUUGCCGGGCCAGUCGCCGGCCCCUGGAGACCUGACGAGUACUAGGAAUUCUUCACAUGAACAGGAGUUCGUCUUACAAUCCUACGUGCUGGUUGAGUCAGUCUGCAAAAAUCUUCAGACCCUGGCCAUGGCUGUUGCUUCUCAGAAUGCUGUGCUGUUGGAAGGACCAAUAGGAUGUGGCAAAACUUCCCUAGUUGAAUAUUUAGCUGCAAUGACAGGUAGAAGGAAGCCCCCGCAGCUUCUCAAAGUUCAGCUUGGAGAUCAGACGGACAGUAAGAUGCUGUUAGGGAUGUAUCGCUGCACAGAUGUCCCUGGAGAGUUUGUAUGGCAGCCUGGUACCCUCACACAGGCAGCCACAAAGGGGCAUUGGAUCCUUCUGGAGGAUAUUGACUAUGCCCCCUUAGACGUGGUUUCUGUGUUGAUCCCUCUUUUGGAGAAUGGAGAGCUCUUGAUUCCUGGCCAUGGAGACUGUCUGAAAGUGGCUCCUGGAUUCCAGUUCUUUGCAACCAGAAGACUCUUGAGCUGUGGAGGAAAUUGGUAUCGACCUCUGAAUAGUCAUGCUACCUUACUAGAUAAAUAUUGGACUAAAAUCCACUUGGAUAACAUGGAUAAGACAGAAUUGAAGGAGGUUCUUCAGACCAGAUACCCAAACCUGAUGGCAGUAACUGAUCACCUCCUUGACAUCUACAUCCAACUCACUGGAGAGAAACACGCCCAAAGAGGCAGCCUUAUUGGAUGUGAACAAGUACCUGAGGGACAGUCAGAAGCCAGAAGAGAAAAAAGACUAAGUUUGGAGGGAAGAGAAUUGUCUCUAAGGGAUCUGCUGAAUUGGUGUAACAGGAUUGCCCAUAGCUUUGACCCUGUGUCUUCCUCUGCAGCAUUGAACAUUUUUCAGGAGGCUCUGGACUGUUUCACAGCAAUGCUUUCUAAACAUACCACCAAACUGAAUAUGGCAGAAGUCAUUGGAAGUAAAUUGAACAUUUCCAAGAAAAAGACUGACUUUUUCUGUCAGCUUUAUAAACCAGAAAUUGUCAUCAAUGAGUUAGAUGUCCAGGUGGGUCGUGUGCGUCUUCUGAGGAAACAGAGUGAGUCUGUUCAGAUACAGAGGGAAAGGCUCACUUUCGCUGCGACCCGGCCCUCCUCAGUUCUCAUUGAGCAGCUCGCCGUGUGUGUCAGCAGAGGGGAGCCGGUGCUGCUGGUGGGGGAGACGGGCACUGGCAAGACAUCCACGGUGCAGUAUUUGGCUCACGUCACAGGCCAUCGUUUGAGGGUUGUCAAUAUGAACCAACAAAGUGACACUGCAGACUUGCUUGGAGGUUAUAAACCAGUGGACCAUAAACUUAUCUGGCUACCCCUCCGGGAAGCAUUUGAGGAACUCUUUGCCCAAACUUUUUCCAAGAAGCAAAACUUCACCUUCUUGGGGCAUAUUCAGACCUGUUACAGACAAAAACGGUGGCUUGAUCUUCUUAGACUAAUGCAACACGUACAAAAGUCGGCCAUGAGCAAAGAUGGAAAAGAGAGUGAAACUGGAUUGCUUCUGAAAGAGAAAUGGGAAGCAUUUGGUCUUAGACUCAGCCAUGCCCAUCAGCAGAUGAAAAUGACUGAAAAUGCAUUAUUGUUUGCAUUUGUAGAGGGUACGUUAGUUCAGGCUGUUAAAAAAGGGGAGUGGAUCCUCUUGGAUGAGAUUAAUCUGGCUGCUCCAGAAACGUUAGAAUGUCUGAGUGGCUUACUUGAAGGCUCAUCGGGCUCCCUGGUACUGCUGGAUCGAGGAGACACAGAACCACUGUUGCGGCACCCCGACUUCCGUCUAUUUGCCUGCAUGAAUCCAGCAACGGAUGUGGGUAAAAGAAAUCUCCCUCCAGGAAUCAGAAACAGGUUCACAGAACUUUAUGUAGAAGAAUUGGAAAGUAAAGAAGACUUACAAAUUCUUAUUUUGGAUUAUCUGAGAGGGUUGAAUAUGAACAAGAACACAGUCCAGGGAAUCAUAAACUUCUACACCUCUGUGCGUAAAGAGUCUGGAACAAAAUUGGUGGAUGGGACUGGGCAUAGACCUCACUACAGCCUUCGGACACUCUGCCGUGCCCUGCGAUUUGCAGCCUCUAAUCCGUGUGGCAGCAUCCAGCGCUCGCUCUAUGAGGGCUUUUGUCUGGGUUUCUUAACACAGCUUGACAGGGCAUCACACCCAGUGGUUCAGAAGCUCAUUUGUCAACACAUUCUUUCUGGCAAUGUUAAAAGUCUUCUGAAGCAGCCUAUUCCAGAACCAAAAGGCGGUCGACUUAUCCAGGUGGAAGGCUACUGGAUUUCAGUGGGAGACAAGGAGCCCACGAUAGAUGAGGCGUAUGUUCUUACAUCUUCUGUCAAGCUGAACCUGAGAGAUAUCGUCCGAGUGGUCUCUGCGAGAACCUAUCCAGUCCUGAUUCAGGGAGAGACAUCUGUUGGGAAAACAAGCCUGAUCCGGUGGCUGGCUGCAGCUACUGGCAACCACUGUGUGCGAAUCAACAACCACGAACACACAGAUAUUCAGGAGUAUAUUGGUUGUUACUCUUCUGACUCUUCAGGGAAGCUCACAUUUAAGGAAGGUGUUCUCAUUGAUGCCAUGAGGAAGGGCUACUGGAUUAUCUUAGAUGAGUUAAAUUUGGCCCCUACUGAUGUAUUGGAGGCACUGAACAGACUAUUGGAUGAUAACCGCGAAUUGCUCAUAACAGAAACACAAGAAGUUGUUAAAGCGCACCCCCGGUUCAUGCUAUUUGCCACCCAGAAUCCCCCGGGACUUUAUGGAGGCAGAAAGGUGCUUUCUCGAGCUUUCCGGAAUCGGUUUGUGGAGCUGCACUUUGACGAACUGCCGAGCUCUGAGCUGGAAACUAUUUUGCACAAGCGAUGUAGUUUGCCACCCUCCUAUUGCAGCAAGUUGGUGAAAGUCAUGCUGGACCUUCAGUCCUAUCGUCGGGGUUCAUCAGUGUUUGCUGGAAAGCAGGGCUUCAUCACGCUUCGUGAUCUGUUUCGAUGGGCUGAAAGAUACAGACUGACUGAACAGAUGGACAAAGAGUAUGACUGGUUACAGCAUUUAGCCAAUGAUGGUUUUAUGCUUUUGGCAGGCCGAGUCAGGAAGCAGGAGGAGGUUGAUGUGAUUCAAGGUGUCCUUGAAAAACAUUUCAAGAAGAAAGUAUGCCCUCAGUCUCUCUUCUCCAAAGAAAAUGUCUUAAAAUUGCUGAGUAAAUUUUCUACUCAGAUAUCCUCAUUGGACUCUAAGUUCAGCCACAUUGUGUGGACCAAGAGCAUGCAAAGGCUGGCAAUGCUGGUGGGAAGGGCUUUGGAGUUCGGUGAAGCGGUGCUGCUGGUUGGAGACACUGGGUGUGGAAAAACUACUAUUUGUCAAAUGUUUGCAGCCUUGGCAAAUCAGAAGUUGUAUUCCGUUAACUGCCACCUGCACAUGGAGACAUCAGACUUCUUGGGGGGGCUGCGACCAGUGAGACAGAGACCCAAAGACAAGGAAGAAGCGGACACAUCCAGACUAUUUGAGUGGCAUGAUGGGCCCCUGGUUCUUGCCAUGAAGGAAGACGGCUUCUUCCUCAUGGAUGAGAUUUCACUGGCUGAUGACUCUGUCCUGGAAAGACUCAACAGUGUCCUUGAAGUGGAGAAAUCCUUGGUAUUAGCUGAAAAGGGCAGCCUGGAAGAUAAGGAUAAUGAGGUAGAGCUGUUGACUGCUGGAAAAAAAUUCCGUGUCUUAGCAACCAUGAAUCCUGGGGGUGACUUUGGAAAAAAAGAGUUGUCUCCUGCCUUGAGAAACCGGUUUACGGAAAUAUGGUGCCCUCAGAGCUCGAGCCGGGAAGACUUAAUUCAGAUCAUCAGUCGUAAUCUUCAGUCUGGAUUGUCUUUUGGCAGAACAGAUCAUAAAGGGCUUGACAUUGCCGAGGUGAUGCUGGAUUUCAUCGACUGGCUGACCCACCAGGAGUUUGGGCGAAGGUGUGUCAUCAGCAUCAGAGAUAUUCUGUCCUGGGUUCACUUCAUGAACACAAUGUGGGAGGAAGCUGCUUCGAAAAGGCCUGACUCCAUCUCCACUGUGAUGUCCUUUGUUCACGCUGCGUGCUUGGUGUACAUCGAUGGAAUAGGUUCAGGAGCAACUUCCUCUGGAUUUGGUACUGCCCUGUUGGCUCGCAAAGAAUGCCUGAAAUUCCUGAUGAAGAAACUUUCCAAGAUUGUUAGACUUACAGACUGUCAGAAAAGUGAAUUGAAGAUCUAUGACAGACUUAAGACCAAAGAAUUCACGGAACUAGAUAAUCUUUGGGGAAUUCAUCCAUUUUUUAUACCAAAGGGACCUGUCCUGAAUAGGACCAGUGCUGCAAAGGACUAUACGCUCAGUGCAGGCACCACGGCUAUGAACGCACAGAGGCUCUUAAGAGCUACAAAACUGAAUAAACCCAUUCUCCUGGAAGGUUCCCCCGGUGUGGGCAAGACGAGCUUGGUGGAUGCAUUAGCAAAAGCUUCCGGCAAUACCCUUGUUCGAAUCAACUUGUCAGAGCAGACGGACAUCACAGACCUGUUUGGAGCUGAUUUGCCUGUUGAAGGUGGCAAAGGAGGAGAGUUUGCAUGGCGUGAUGGGCCCUUGCUGGCAGCUUUAAAGGCAGGCCAUUGGGUUGUGUUGGAUGAGCUUAACCUGGCUUCCCAGUCUGUUUUGGAAGGCCUUAAUGCUUGUUUUGACCAUCGAGGAGAAAUCUAUAUUCCUGAGUUAGGAAUGAACUUCCAAGUACAGCACGAAAAGACGAAGAUUUUUGGGUGUCAGAAUCCUUUUAGACAAGGAGGAGGGAGGAAGGGCUUGCCCCGGUCUUUCCUGAACAGAUUCACGCAGGUCUUUGUGGAUCCCCUUACAGUAAUUGACAUGGAGUUCAUCGCUAGUACUUUGUUCCCUGCUAUUGACAAAAACACUGUUAAGAAAAUGGUCGCUUUCAAUAACCAAAUUGAUCACGAAGUAACUGUUGAGAAGAAAUGGGGGCAAAAAGGAGGUCCCUGGGAAUUCAACCUCCGGGACCUCUUCCGGUGGUGUCAGUUGAUGCUGGUUGACCAGUCCCGGGGUAGUUAUAACCCUGCUCAGCAUGUGUUUUUGGUCUAUGGAGAAAGAAUGAGAACCAAGGAAGACAGAGAAAAGGUCAUUGCUGUGUUCAAGGAUGUGUUUGGUUCAGAUUCUGAUCCCUACACAGGAAGCAGACUAUUUCAUAUUACUCCCUACAAUGUCCAGGUGGGCUACUCAGUCCUGUCCCGGGGCAGCUAUGUCCCUCCACCAUCUCGCCGCCCUCUGUUGAUUCUGCACCAGUCCUUACAGUCUCUGGAGUCGCUUAUGAAGUGUGUGCAGAUGAGCUGGAUGGUCAUCCUUGUGGGUCCGGCUUCUGUGGGCAAGACCAGCUUGGUCCAGCUGCUGGCACACCUGACAGGUCACAUGUUAAAGAUCAUGGCUAUGAAUAGCGCCAUGGACACUACAGAGCUUUUGGGUGGAUUUGAGCAGGUCGACCUUGUUCGUCCAUGGAGGCAGCUGGUGGAGAAAGUGGCAUGCAUGGUGCGGGCACUUGUCAGAGACAGCCUCCUUGUCAGUGCCGAGGAUGGGGAAGUGGUGCUUCGAGCAUGGAGUCAUUUCCUGCUGACCUAUAAGCCCAAGUGUCUCGGAGAAGGUGGGAGAAGUGUCACAGUGGAGAUUGUCAACAAGCUGGAAGCAGUAUUGCUGCUUAUGCAGCGUCUCAACAAUAAAAUCAACUCAUGCUCGAAGGCCGAGUUUGCCAAACUUGUGGAAGAGUUCCGAAGCUUUGGGGUGAAGCUAUCUCAGUCAGCCAGUGGCCACAGUCAUGGCACGUUUGAAUGGGUUGACAGCAUGUUGGUUCAUGCCCUGAAGUCUGGAGAUUGGCUUCUGAUGGACAAUGUUAACUUCUGCAACCCCUCGGUGCUGGAUCGCUUGAAUGCCUUGCUUGAACCUGGAGGUGUCCUUACUCUCAGUGAGAGAGGAAUGAUCGACGGGUCCACUCCCACCAUUACCCCCAACCCCAAUUUCAGACUUUUCCUCUCGAUGGAUCCUGUUCAUGGAGAAAUAUCUCGAGCUAUGAGGAACCGUGGCCUUGAAAUCUUUGUCCCCGGAGAAGCGGAUGGGAGAUGUGCAGAUGAAUUGGACCUUCAAGUUCUGCUGCAUAACCUGGGCGUGGUGGGGGCCAGCGUGUGUGAUGCCCUCUUGGCUCUGCACACAGAGACCCAAAGUGUUCUUGUAGGUUCUCCAACGUCUUGUGUCUCGACCCUGAUUCAGGCAGCUGUUCUCAUUGCCCAGUACUUGCAGCGAGGACUGAGUUUAGCCAGAGCCUUUUUUGAGGCAUGUUGGGAAGUCUAUGUCUGUUCCCAGCAUUCACCAGCAAACCAGAAGCUUGCACAGGCUGUACUGGAGAAACAUAUUUCUUCUCUGCAAGCACGUGAAACCUGGGGUAGCUCUAUUCUUGCUAUGGGGCUUUGGCCGGAUUCUCUGCCUUCUGCUGUCUUUGCCACGGAAGACUCUCACCUGUCUACAGUCCGAAGUGAUGGACAGAUCUUAGCAUAUUGCCUCAACAGGAUGAGCAUGAAAACGAGCAGCUGGACAAGGAUUCAGCCUCUUACUUUAUCAGACUUGGAGAAAAUUAUGCAGUCUUCCAACCCUGAGAACUUGAAGUUCAGUUCAGUUGAAAUGGAUACCUACUGGAUCGAUGAACCAGAUGUUCUGGCCAUGGCGGUUAAAUUGCUCAUUGAAAGAGCAACCAAUCAAGAUUGGAUGCUUAGAGUUAAAUGGCUUUAUCAUUUAGCCAAAAAUAUACCACAGGGGCUUGAGUCCAUGCAGGUUCAUUUGGAAGCCAGUGCUGCAUCUCUUAGAAAUUUUUACGCAAAGUCUCUCUCAUCGGGGAUCAGUAAUGUGAUCAAAAUAGUGCAACCAAAUAUAACAGACGAAUUUGUGAUCCCUGUGGACCCCCGAUGGAAUAUGCAGACUUUGGACAUCAUUAAAAGUUCAGUGGAUUUGGAUCCACAGACAGACCAGCUGCAGCAGUUUUUUGCCCUUUUAGAGUCUGUUGCAAACAAGACAAUUGUAUAUCUUGAUCGGGAAAAGCGGAUUUUUACCGAAGCAAACUUGAUUUCUCUUUGUGGCAAGAAGUUAAGAAAUAGUGUUUUGAGAAUGUCCUUUGAAUUCCACAAAGAUCCAGACAGCUAUCAGAGUCUGCCCCAUGAGGUCGUGGUCAAUCUUGCUGCUUUUUUUGAGCUUUGUGAUGCCCUCAUACUUCUCUGGGCACAGUCUCCCCAGGGGAUGGUGUCAGAUGCCAGUCUUCACGAGAUCUUACGUUCUGUGCGGUGGCGGGACCGGUUUUGGAUUGUGGCUGACUCAGUAAAAGUGGAUGUCCAGGGCCUAGGCUUACUUGCCCUUCACUGGCACUGGGUUUUAAAGUACUUAGUCCGCCAAAUCCCCCAACUCCUGAUGAACUACGAAGACAAGUACUAUAAUGAGGUUCAGGUUGUCUCAGAACAUAUUCAGAAUUGCCUGGGGACCCCAACAGGUGGUUUCACUGGCAUAAAGAAGUUGCAGAAGUUCCUGGGACGACCAUUUCCCUUUAAGGACAAGCUGGUGGUGGACUGCUUUUCCCAACUGAAAGCUCUUACCAACGCCCUGGUGGUCAGGGAGCGAUCUCAUGCCCGUGGGGACAGUGGAUGGCAGAAUGACAUUAGUCGUCUCCAAAUGGUCGCUACUGAGUGGACUUUCAAGAAAAGUCUUCUACGGGCCUGGGGGUUGGUGCUCAGAGCUAAUGUUAUGGAAGAUGUCAACCCAGAUGAAUUGAAGAAUCUUGUGCAUGCCCAGUGUUUAGAGUUAAAAGCCAGAGGGAUUUCUCUUGGUUCUCUGGAGCAGUCUGGGGAGGCCUCCUCCCUGUCCCAGCCGGAUUAUACCUCCUUGAUCCAGCUCACCAGGAGCGUUCAGCUGUGGCCCGCGAUGGAGUACCUGGCAAUGCUCUGGCAGUACAGAGUGACCGCUGAUUUCAUGGAUCAGGCUUGUCGGAGAGGGUUGAGUCCAAACCAAGAACUCCAGAUCAGUGAAGAGAUAAAUCAUUACAUCACAUUUUGUCUUAAACACACGCCAUUUGCAUCUCAAGAACUUCGAGUACUUUGGGCCUUACAACAUCACCAGAAGCUGCCUCCGGAGGCAACUGUCUCUUUGUGGUCCGAGCUGUUCAGUGCCACGUUUGGAUCUUUCUGGAGCAGCAUUGUCACCACAGACCCAGAGUACUGGCUCACGUGGAGCCCUCUGGCUGACUCGCAGCAAUGGGAGGUGCCCAGGUCUUCUUUAGACUCGACUUUGAAGGGCCCCGGCAGCCUCGGGAGAGCCGUGUUUUCCAAGUGCUGCUUUGAACUCCUGACCAGCAGUGGCAGAGAAGGUGCCUGGGAUGUGAGUGGCCUCCCCAUCUUGUCUUCCUCACAUGUCACCCUGGGAGAGUGGGUUGAACGGACGCAGCAACUUCGGGAUAUCAACUCAGUGCUUUGGACCAACAUGGCAGUGCCCUCCAUGGCUGAGUUUAGGUGCACAGACUCCCGGCUGCAGGGCCUGGUGCUGUGCCGGCACCUGGUGGGCCUGUCGGGGCUCCUCCCCGGGCCCCAGCAGCCCGAGUAUGUGCGGGCCUGCCAACAGCUGCUACUCCGGGACAGCCACGCUGUCCAGCAAGUGGGCCAGACGCUCGGGGGCCUAGCCGGCCGGGACGCACUGCCCCAGGACCUGCUGUGCCUGCUGCUCACCUGCCUGCGCCACCUGUGCGGCGAAGCAGACAGUGAGCGUGACCUGCCGGAGCCGGCCCGGCGGGGGAGCCUCUGGGUGAGCCUCGGCCUGCUCCAGAUUCAGACGUGGCUUCCCCAGGCUCGCUUUGACCCCGCCGUGAAGAGGGAGUACAAGCUCAAGUACACCCAGGAAGAGUUGUAUCAGCUGCAGUGCGAGUGGAAGACCCGAAACCUGUCAUCACAGCUACGGACAGGCCGAGACCUGGAUGACGAGAACAUUAUCCGACACGCUCAUCCUCACGUCAGGUCACUUCGCCAGAGGAUGGAGCAGCUGGAGAAGGCCGUGUCCGACCUGUCCAAGAAGCAGGCCUGCCGCCCACCGCUGCCCACCUACGAGUCCCUGGUCCAGGAGCUCCACCACUACAUCAGCAGCAUCGCCCAGCCUGCGGCCGUGCGGGACCUGCUGGCCCGGCUCCUGCAGCAGCUGCGGGCGGAGGGGCCGCGCUCAGCGCUGGCGGCCCAGACCCUGCUGAGAGAAGAAGCCUCUUGGCAGCAGUCACAGCAGCAGUUCCGGAAGCGGCUGGCUGAGGACUACGCUCAGUUUCCCGACGCCGUGGCCCCACUGCAGGCUUCCAUCCUGCAGCUGCAGCACGGCCUGCGGCUUGUGGCGUCUGCCGUCCAUGCCGCACUGCAUGGUAGCGUGGUCUCAGCAGGCAGCCUGGGCGACCUGGCCACGUCCCUGCUGGCCUUCCCUUCGGUCGGCCCUGCCUUCCCCACCUACUAUGCGCACGCCGAUGCGCUGUGUGCCGUGGAGUCGGAGGAGGUGCUGCGUGGCCUGGGCAAGCUCCUCCCCAAGCGUUCUGGCGGCGGCAAGGAGCUGGAAAGGGGCGGGAGCCACUGCCCGACCCGCGAGCAGCUGCUGCUCAAUGCGCUGCUCUACCUGCGCUCCCACGUGCUGUGCAAAGGCGAACUGGACCCACGGGCCCUGCAGCUCUUCAGACACGUGUGUCAGGAAGUCAUCAAUGAGUGGGAUGAGCAGGAACGUGUGGCCCAGGAGAAGGCCGAGCAGGAAAACAGCUUAUACAGAUCCAAGAGCAAGAGCUCCAGAGCAGUCCUGAGUGAGGAGGAGGAGGAGGAAAGGGAAUUCAGAAAACAGUUUCCACUGCAUGACAAGGACUUUGCAGAUAUUUUGAUAGAACCAACACUGGAGCAGGAGAAAGGAAUACCAGAUGGGCAAGAGGAAGAAGGAGAAGGAGCCCCGGACCCUCCCCUCCUUUCCCAGAGUUCCAUGCAGGCUGUGAUGCUCAUCCACCAGCAGCUGUGCAUCCACUUCGCUAGGUCCCUGUGGUACCAGCAAACUGUGCCGCCCCAUGAGGCCAGGCAUUACCUCAGCCUGUUUCUGUCCUGCUAUCAGACCGGGGCCUCACUCGUCACGCACUUUUACCCCCUGAUGGAUGUUGAACUAAACGGUCAGCUCUUGGGCAGCCAGCUUCUGGCCUGCACGCUUUCCCAUAACACUCUUUUUGGGGAGACGGCCUCAGAACUGAUGGUGAGGCCCGAUGGGCCCUACGACUUCUACCAGCACCCCAAUGUCCCCGAGGCGCGUCUCUGCCAGCCUGUGCUUCACGGUUUCUACGAGGCGGUACGGCAGCUGCUGCAGGAGUGGCCGGAGCACCCAGCUCUCGAGCAGCUGCUGGUUGUGAUGGACAGAAUCCGUAGUUUCCCCCUCUCCUGCCCCAUCUCAAAGUUCCUGAAUGGCUUAGAGAUCCUUCUGGCCAAGGCUCAGGAUUGGGAGGAGAAUGCGAGUCGAGCUCUGUCUUUGCGAAAACAUCUCGAUUUGGUCAGUCAGACGAUAAUUCGGUGGAGAAAACUGGAACUAAACUGCUGGUCUAUGAGUUUGGAUAAUACCAUGAAGCGCCACACUGAGAAAUCCACCAAGCACUGGUUCUCCAUCUAUCAGAUGCUUGAGAAGCACAUGCAGGAACAAACAGAAGAGCGGGAAGAUGACAGACAGAUGACCCUGAUGUUGCUGGUCAACACAUUGCAAGCGUUUAUUGAAGGCUCCUCACUGGGAGAAUUCCACAUCCGACUGCAGAUGUUACUAGUUUUCCACUGUCACGUUCUGUUGAUGCCGCAAGUGGAAGGAAAGGAUUCACUUUGCAGCGUACUGUGGAAUUUGUACCAUUAUUACAAGCAAUUCUUUGACCGGGUCCAGGCCAAAAUUGCGGAACUUCGUUCGCCCUUAGAAAAAGAGCUUAAAGAAUUUGUGAAGAUAUCCAAGUGGAAUGAUGUCAGCUUCUGGGCCAUUAAGCAGUCUGUGGAAAAGACACACAGGACCCUCUUCAAAUUCAUGAAGAAAUUUGAAGCUGUGCUGAGUGAGCCCUGCCGGCCAUGCCUGGUGGAGAGUGACAAGGAGGAGCAGCUGGACUUCCUGUCGAGUUCAGCUGACGCUGCCGUCCCAAGUGAGGGCUCCCCGAUUCAGAGCCUGAACCAAGCACUGAGGGAGACCCUGUUAGCCCAACCAACAGCUGCACAGACUCCUGUGACGGGACAGAGUACCGCUCUCCCCGUGGAGGGGGUGCUUCUGCGCCGCUUGCCAGCACUCCUGAAGCGAAUGAGGAAGGUGUGCCUGACGCUGAUGAAGGAGAGCCGCCUGCCUCAGCUUGUCGAGCGCCUUGAUGAGUUCACUGGUGAUGUGAUCUCCUCUGCGAGGGAGCUGCAGGACUUAAAGGUGGAGCCCAGUGCAGAGAAGGAGAAGCAGCGGUCAGAAGCCAAGCACAUCCUGAUGCAGAAGCAGCGGGCUCUGGCCGACCUCUUUAAACACCUGGCAAAAACCGGUUUGUCGUAUCGCAAGGGCCUUACCUGGGCUCGUUCGAAGAACCCUCAGGAGAUGCUGCAUCUUCACCCUCUUGAUCUCCGGAGUGCAUUGUCUAUCGUCAGCAGCACUCAGCAGGCCGAGUCUCGGCUGCUUGCAGAAAUCUCGUCUUCGUGGGAUGGGUGCCAGAAGUAUUUUUACCGUGCUCUUGCCCGGCAUGCCAGACUGAGUGCUGCCCUGGCAGCUCCCAGCAAGGAGAUGGGUCUGGGCAGCAUCGAGCGCUGCAGAGGCUUCUCCGCCCAUUUGAUGAAGGUGCUCAUCCGCCAGCGGCGCUCCCUGACCACGCUGACCGAGCAGUGGAUCCUCCUCAGGAACCUCCUCGGCUGCGUGCAGGAGAUUCAGGAGCGGUUGACAGGGCCACAGAGCUACCCUACGGCCUUCCCGCCACAGGAUGGGGUGCAGCAGUGGACGGAGAGGCUGCAGCAGUUGUCCAUGCAGAGCCAGGUCCUGCUCGAGCAGCUCUCCUGGUUCCUGCAGUGCUGCCCCGGCGCCUGCGAUGCCCCGGCAGGCCAGCGGUCUUCUGCCCCCUGCCCGGAAGGCGCAGUGCCAGACUCCAUCCUGGGGGAGUCGAGCUACCCCUCCCCGGUCCCUGAAAGCCAGCUGCCCACAGCAUGCCGGAUGCGGAAGCAGGACCAGCUUUGGCAGCAGUCCAACGCGAGAGUCACAGAGAUGCGGAACAGCCUGGCAAAGGUGAAGGCGGACAUCGACAGGAUCAGGCAGCAGUCCGGCGAGACCCUCUUCCACUCUUGGAAAGAUUUUGAAGUUUGCGCUUCUGGGCUGAGCUGCCUGUCCCAGGUGUCAGCUCAUUUGCAAGGCCUCGCGUCCUUGUUUAUUCUUCCAGGGAUGGAGGUUGAGCAAACAGACUCACAAAUGCCCUUAGUUCAGAGCCUGGACUAUGUAAGACGAGAGAUCAAUAAAGCUGCUGAUGACUUUGCUGCCUGGAAGGCCCAUCUGCUGGGCCCAGGCAGUCAAGGAGGAAACCAAACGUCAGAUGAAAGGUUUAUAGAGGAAUUUUCGGAGCGAAUGGAAGCUGCCAUCUGGACCAUCCUCUGUGCCAUCCAGAACUUAGUAGAAAGAAGCCAUACAAGAGCAGAGGCAAGCGCUGAUCAGAUGCAAGAAGAAGAAGAGGCGGCAGGCUUAGAGAGACUGCAGUCCGGACAUCUGACCAAACUCUUAGAGGAUGACUUCUGGGCCGAUGUGAGCACACUGCAUGUGCAGAAAAUCAUUUCUGCUCUUUCUGAGCUGUUGGAGAGGCUGAAGUCCUGUGGUGAGGAUGGCACAGCAGCAAAGCAGACGUUCUUCAGCCAGUCCUGCGGCCUGUUGGUGUGCCUGCUGCCCAUGCUCGCCAGGUACUCGGACCUUGUCCUCUUCUUCCUGACCAUGUCCCUGGCCUCCCACCGCAGCUCUGCGAAGCUGCUCACCGUGCUUACCCAGAUCUUCGCCGAGCUUGCCCAGAAGGGAUUUUGCCUACCCAAAGAAUUUAUGGAAGAUUCAGCAGGAGAGGGAGCAACUGAGUUCCAUGACUACGAGGGAGGUGGACUUGGAGAAGGCGAGGGCGUGAAGGAUGUGAGUGACCAGAUAGAAAAUGAGGAACAGGCAGAAGAUACAUUUCAGAAGGGUCAAGAGAGGGAUAAAAAAGAUCCUGACUCAAAACCAGAUAUUAAGGGAGAAGAUAAUGCUAUUGAAAUGUCUGAAGACUUUGAUGGGAAAAUGCAUGAUGGCGAACUUGAAGAAAAAGAGGAGGAUGAUGAGAAAUCAGACAGUGAGGAGAGAGACCUGGAUAAACAAAUGGGUGAUCUGAAUGGUGAGGAAGCCAACAAAUUAGAUGAGAGGCUUUGGGGGGAUGACGACGAUGACGAGGAGGAGGAAGAGGAUGAAGACAGUAAACCUGAAGAAACGGGACCAGGAAUGGAUGAGGAAGAUUGUGGACUUGCUGCUAAAGACAGCAGCUUGGAUGCUGGGAAGUCGAACAAAGAUAAAAAGCAGCAAGAUAAGGAAGAAAAGGAAGAAACUGCUGAUGAUGAACAAGGCCAGGACAAAAUCAAUGAGCAAAUAGAUGAGAGAGAAUAUGAUGAGAAUGAGGUGGAUCCUUACCAUGGCAAUCAGGAAGAACUGCCAGAACCGGAAGCCUUGGACCUUCCAGACGACUUAAAACUAGAUAGUGAGGAUAAGAAUGGAGCUGAGGGCACAGACAGUGAAGACGAGGGAGAAGAGAAUCCAUUGGAAAUCGAAGAAAAACCUGUGGAUACUGAAGGAGCAGGUGGCGAGGCUGAGGAAGCCAGCGAGGCGCCCGAUGCGGACCCGAGUGAAGCUGAGGCCCCGGAGGAGCCCGAGGAAGGCCCCAGGGAGGAGGACGGGGUCAAUGGGGAGGAGCAGAUGGACGUGGAGGCUGAUGACCAAGACAAAGACAGCACUGAGCAUCCUGAGGAGGGCUCCGAGGAGCAGGACCAGAAGGACGGGGACAAGGAAGCCAGCGAGGAAAACGCAGAGAAUGGUGUCCCUGUUGACCAAGGCCUCCAGCCUCAGGAGGACGAAGAAGAGCAGAGCUCGGAACCCGAGGAACCCGUGCCGGAGGCCACGGAGAGGAAGGAGCAUGAGAGCUGCGGGCAGACAGGGCUGGAGGCGGUGCAGAGUGAGCAGGCUAUGGAGCUGGCGGGGGCCGCCACCGAGAAGGAACAGGGCAAGGAGGAACACGGAAGUGGAGCUGCAGACGCAAACCAGGCAGAAGGCCAGGAAUCCAACUUCAUCGCUCGGUUGGCUUCUCAGAAGCACACCAGGAAAAACACACAGAGUUUUAAGAGAAAGCCUGGCCAGGCUGACAAUGAGCGCUCCAUGGGGGACCACAGCGAGCUGGUACACAAGAGAUUGAGGACCGUGGAGCCCAGCGGCCACCCCGAGGAGGGCCCAGCACAGCCCGAGGCCCGGGUGGAGGACGCAGAGGCGUUCGAGCAUAUUAAACAAGGCAGUGAACCUUACGACGCACAGACUUACGAUGUGGCCAGUGCGGAGCAACAGCAGCUAAUAAACGACUUCCAGAAGGGUCCAGAAGAGGAGCCCGAGGAGACGCUCAUGGAUACAGAGAAAGAAGAGGAUCUCAGAGCAGUGAACGCAGAGCAGCUGAAGCCAGAAGAGUUGAAGUCGGGGACUACCGCACCCUCUGGCUCGGAUGAGCUGGAAAUGGAGACUCAAACUGCUAACGUAGAGAACGAUCAAGAAGACCCCACGACAGAGAAAUCCCACAAGGAGGCAGAAAGUGAAAGGCCAGAGCGAAGCCACGAGUCCACCAUUCAUACGGCCCAUCAGCUCUUCAUGGAUACUCUUUUCCAGCCCUUUGCUAAAGAUGUCAUUGAGCUGAGACAGGAGCUGGAGAAGCAGCUGGAAAUGUGGCAGUCACAUGAGACCGGAAGCCCAGAAGAAGAGAAGACUGCCGCCGAGAUGUGGCAGCGUUACUUGUUCAUAACUGCACCCCUGUCACAGCAGCUGUGUGAACAGCUUCGCCUCAUAUUAGAGCCCAGCCAGGCGGCAAAACUGAGAGGAGAUUACCGCACCGGGAAACGACUGAACAUGAGGAAGGUCAUCCCAUACAUCGCCAGUCAGUUUCGCAAAGACAAGAUUUGGCUUCGGCGGACCAAGCCCAGUAAACGCCAGUACCAGAUCUGCUUGGCUAUUGAUGACUCUUCAAGCAUGGUAGACAACCACACCAAACAGCUUGCAUUUGAAUCUUUGGCAGUGAUUGGAAGUGCUCUGACACUCUUGGAAGUAGGUCAGAUUUCCGUGUGCAGUUUUGGAGAGUCCGUGAAACUCCUACACCCAUUUCAUGAGCAGUUCAGUGAUUCCUCAGGGUCCCGGAUUCUGCGCCUCUGCAGAUUCCAACAAAAGAAAACCAAGAUUGCUCAGUUUCUAGAGUCUGUGGCCAGUAUGUUUGCAGCCGCUCAGCAGCUCUCACAGAACGUUAACCCAGAAACUGCCCAACUCCUCCUGGUGGUCUCCGAUGGACGUGGCCUUUUCCUGGAGGGCAAAGACCGAGUCUUGGCAGCAGUUCAAGCUGCCCAGAUGGCUAAAAUCUUUGUCAUUUUCGUUGUGUUGGACAACCCCAAUUCCAGGGAUUCUAUCUUGGAUAUUAAAGUACCUAUAUUUAAAGGAUCUGGAGAAAUGCCUGAAAUCCGAUCCUACAUGGAAGAGUUCCCGUUCCCGUUCUACAUAAUUCUUCGCGAUGUGAAUGCACUUCCUGAGACACUCAGUGAUGCUCUCAGGCAGUGGUUUGAAUUGGUGACAGCCUCAGACCACUCAUAAUCAGAGACUUGAAACUGCGUUCCCCACAUGCUCCACUUAGACAAUUUUCUGGACUCACAGAUCUAAUAUAAGUUGGAUCUGAUCUUAAGACAUUUUACCCAACAGCUAUUUAAAGACAUGCUUGGGUUCUCUACCUUGCUUGCCUGUGCCCUAGUUCAUUGGGUGGCAUAGGAGCAGUAGGUAUCUGGUCUCAUUGCUGAAGGAAGCUGCCUCUCUGUGCAGUCCAGCUGCACCCCUGUCCUGGAAUGCACAGCAGCCGGGCACUGUACAGUCCUUGGCACAAGACUGAGUAGGGCUGUUUUGGGUUCAGCUCAGCCAGUACGUAGUCUGUGCUCAAAAGAUGUCAGCAGCUAACGGCUGCAGUUUUCUGGGCACUUAAUCACAGCGCUUCCUGUAAGUGGAGUAAGGAGGCUUGUGUGUGCUUACAAAACCAGCAGUCCAUCCCUGGGGCUGUGUACAAAUGAAGUGGCUUUUCUCUGUCCUCCAUAUUUUGCUGCUUCGUGAGACUAUGCAAUGGUGGAAAGAGGAUUUUCUGUUUAUUCUCUCAGUGCCAUAGUACAUGUAGUAAUUUAUUUCUUUAGUUCAUUUUUUACGCUUUAUCGGUUAGGGAGAAGAAGAAUCAUUCCUCACAUUGCUUUCGAGCUGGACCGAGCCCAUCUCAUUGUAGAAAAGAAAUACUAUGUCCAAAAGAUUUGAUAGUAGUGGUGAUCAAUUUAUAUUUAUAUCUAUGUGUGUCCGUUCCCCUAAUUCUGCCCAGUCAAAAUACAACAGUGCUUUUUAAGGCUGUUUUUAAUAUGGUCAGAAAGCAGUGCUCGAAUACUUGAAACUGUGUGUGCUGUGUUUUAUUUAAGUGCUGUCAGAAUGUUCUUUUAUAGAUAAAUGCCUUGAUGUAAACUCUCUCCACAUGUUACCCAGUUACACUGUGACGUCUGCCAGGAUUUUCAGGUGGUCAUCAAAAACACUUUGCUUGUUUUACCAAGUGUCCUACGCAUGGAUCUGAGGUUAUAUCAUCAUUUUUUUAUCCUAAAAAAAGAUGCAGCUUAUAUUCUGAAUGAUAUUAAAAACUAUAUCA